CGUCUUAUAACCUUUAGUGUAGUAACCACAAUUAAGUUAUCAGUUCUUACCUGUGACAGUAAAGGGUAUUUGUUUUUUUUAUUUUACUUUUUAUAUAAUUUGUCGGGUGGCAAUUUGAUAUUUUGGCAGUUUCUAGAGUCUUGAACUACCAGCCACAGUGAAGUCAGAACAACAAGCAUUGCCACGAUUGUAGUACAAUGAUAAGCUAUGAAGGUAUACAAGAUACAGUGACUGCCAUUCUUGUGAUAAUUGUUGUAUCAAUUGUGAUAGCAGCGGCAUGGUUGUCAACAAACGUGAGGGAACAACCAUUGGUAGCUACAGCAGUUGUUGUAUUUCAGAGUGGAAAUACAGGGGAGGGGGAAAGAACUCACAGUGAUAGUGGUCAGAGUGAGAGAGAGACUCAAGGCAGCAGUGUACAAGAAGGGGAAGCCACAGCUGUAAGGUCAACUUCUCAAAUGAAAGAAAGUGGAGAAUCGGAAGUCAGUGAUGCAGCAGAAAUGGAAGGGCCACAGAGAACUGGUGGAGAACUGACAGAUGGGAGUCAAAACGGGGAAGUAUGUGAUAUGAGCACACCACUGUCAGAUGAAAUUAGUAAAAGUUCUGUUCAGAAAAGUGAUAAUAAAGACAAUACCACCACAUCAGGAAAUGCACAGUCAGAUCAGUGUCUCAGUCAAGGAGCAAGUGAAGGCAGCAUCACAAAUCAGUCCACUGAUUCUUCUAUUCCGUCCCAUGUAUCACCUUCAGAGAAACUGAGAGAAAGCAUACCUGAGAUGGAGGUCCGGAAAAGAAGGUUACAGCAGUUCAUAUCCAUGGGAGGGAGUACUGCAUGUUCAGAAACCCACUCCGAUGCAUCUUCUGGUAUUGCUUUGGAACCUACAGAAGUAAGAAAUGAACAGAGUUGUGCACAAGAUAAAAUUAGUGCAACUUCAGAUAGUUCUGUCGGAGAAGAGGCAUAUAUUCCCGUAGUCAAAACCACCGAAACUUUUUCUUCCUCAUCGAGUGCUGCAGAUGCUACUUCCUCUCUGAAGGAAGAUGGGGAGGAUAAGAGACCACCUGGCAGUAUAAGAAUUCGCCUGAAAUUCCUUGAUGAGACUCAGAGAUUUGUAUUUGCCCUGCUGACUGAGCAAGUUGGAAGCUUUAAAAGACAACACUUCUCCAUAGAAAUGGAUGCAAAUCGACGCAUUCGACUUAUUUUCAAUGGUCAACUCUUAAGUCAAGACAAUUCAACUCUUGCACAGUAUGGCUUGUUUGACAAUUGUGUGGUACACUGUCAUGUGUCACAACCACAGCAAAUGAACAGAGGUCAGUCAGGGGAACUGGCAGCACAAGAGGAAGAAGAAGCCUACGUCUCAGGACUUUUGGCACCCUUACUGUACUGUGUGAUGGUUGUGAUGUGGUACCUUCGCUAUGAAUAUGGACACCUCUUCAACACGAUGUCAACUGUCAUUCUCCUGUUUCUCACGGCUCUGCUCUUAAUUUCUACGUACCUCCUCUACAUCACGCAACAUGUGCCUGACAAUGGAACUUCUGCCCAGAUAUCAGCACGUCCACAAACUGAGACACAAAGUACAUUAUAAAAAAACUACUGAAUAUAUAAUUUUAUUUAGAAUGUUUCAAUUUGUCUGAUCAUUUGGAUUAGACUAAAUUUAAUGUGGUGAUGGACAGUAGUAUCUGAAGGUGUAACAGUUUUGCAUUCUACACCCAUAGAAAAUUCUGAAGCAAGAAAAAAUCUUUAGCAUAUAAAGUGUUUGAUUUAUGAGAUUGUUUGUUUACUUUUUUACAGUUUAUUGUGCUUGUAUAUCCAUAUACUUUGUGUCAUACAGUUAAAGAUCUCUUAGCUACUGAUGUAGAUAACAUACAGUGUAAUCAAAAUGCAUUGUUUGUGAAUGGCAGAUGGAAUAUAUAGAGAAUACAGAACAGUAUAGCUGAACAAGCUAUUUUAUAUUGGAACAGUAGCCAUAAACUUUUUUAUGGUAUUUCUACUCUGUGCACUGCACCCUUCCACUGAAUGAAUGACUUUUUUUCUGUGGUGUUGAGUGUUGAGUCCAGUAUGUAUCAAUGGAAGUAGCACACAGUAGAAUAGUACCUAGGCUUGGUAAAUACAGUACACUGUACCUUUAACCUCCAAGUCGUGUAAGUAAGCUCUGACAGUCUUCUCAAUUGGACUUAAUAACAUGGGUUUUCAAAUUUCUCUCUCACAAUUUAUCUAGCUACAAUGAAUGUCUGUCAUACCUCAUGUAGGCUCAGAAUCAUCAUAAAUUUUAGUGAAUACCAAGGAGAAUAGAAUUUUGUUUGGUGUGCAGCUGUGUAGGUUAUAGCUAUGGUUAUUAAACUUGCCCUUGCAUAUGUACUUCAAACCACAGUACCAUCAACCUACCUGACACACAUAAACACAAUUCUCUGUUUGAAAUCAGAAGUUAUCAUUAUAUAGUACAUCACCGACUCAUGUUUUUAUGGUCUUUACAUUAUAUAAAUUUAGCACCAUAUAAUUUUUGCUAGGAACAUAGGCAUUAUUGGGUAUUCACUAACUACAGUUUGAAAUGAUAUACAUGUAUGUAGUACCAUACUUUGCUCUACAACUUGGCCAGGAAUUAUUUUAGAUUUAUUUACCGGGUAUUUAUUUUUGGCGUUUUUUUUUUUUUUGCUCUACCUAAAUCUGAUAUUACUUUUCCUUCAUCUCAGUUUCUUCUGAGGGAGUUUCUGCCAACCUAGAACAUUUACAUUAACAGAUUCAUUGACAAGGAGUGAUGUGAUCUGUUUAUGAAGAUUGAAGCCAUAAGUUCCUUUAUUGUCUCAUUAGUAAAUUACUCUCUUAUAGUGAUCAUUUUCAUCUGCAAGGGUACUUUUUUCACUUUGUCAUUUGAAGACAUAACUGAUUGUUCAUCCACUUUUAAAACUUUCUUAUUUGGAAUCAAUUCAAAUGAGAUGAGUAAUGAAGCUUCAUAUCAGAUAUUUCUACAAUUUAUUGUCCUUUCUUUUGCUAGGGGAGUUUUCUCAUCUCAUAUAUUGAUUAUUUCCUACAGAGAUUUUCCCUGUGUGGUGGUUACUAGGAUUAGCCCAAAGAACUAUUGUUUUCAUUAAUAUCCCUUGCACCUGAAGACAACUCAUUUGUUUCCCACCUGUCUGUCUUUCUGGAUGGCCAGGGACUCAUUCAUCCUGAGAAUAACCAUUUUAUAAUAUUGUACAUGAGUAUAUAUAUCACUGGUCAAAAGUCCACAAUAGUAAUACAGGUAAACCUCCAGAGUAUUUGCGAUGGGGUUAGGGUCCUGAAAACCUCAUUGCAGGUCGAAAUAUCAUAAAUUAAGUUCAUUAUAACUUGGGGUUCAAUGGGAUAGAUUCCUGGCUAGUCGGACACUCAUAUGUAGUAUUCCUAGAAUACUACUAUAGCACUACAACACCAUUAAAUAACAUUCACCACAUCAUUAAGAAGAUGUCUAGUCGUCAUCACAUGUCCCCUUCAAGGCUAAGGGGGCUCUUAAGGUGGAGUGAAGACAUCAACCUGAGUCCCACACAGUCUUUGGGGAAUCUGAAGAGUGGGGACUGGAGGUGUAACCUACUUCCUAGCCUUAAAGAUAAUGAACAAAACACUUGCCAGACAUUUUCAAAGUUACACUGCUCACUUCACAGUCACAAAAACACGAUUAUAAAGAUGAGGAAUCAAUUCUUUUAAGAAAAAGCCUAAGAAGUGUUGCGGUGGAGAUGUGGGUUUCUUGUUACCAACCUAACCUGAUUAAUGUCAAGUGGAGGUGGGGUGGUCUCAUGCAUUGCGUCAGGUCACCGGGUGGUCUCAUGCAUUGCGUCAGGUCACCAGGUGGUCUCAUGCAUUGCGUCAGGUCACCAGGUGGUCUCAUGCAUUGCGUCAGGUCACCGGGUGGUCUCUUGCAUUGCGUCAGGUCACCGGGUGGUCUCAUGCAUUGCGUCAGGUCACCGGGUGGUCUCAUGCAUUGCGUCAGGUCACCGGGUGGUCUCAUGCAUUGCGUCAGGUCACCGGGUGGUCUCAUGCAUUGCGUCAGGUCACCGGGUGGUCUCAUGCAUUGCGUCAGGUCACCGGGUGGUCUCAUGCAUUGCAUCAGGUCACCUAGUGCCAGGGUGUGGGAUUAAAGGGUCUCAUGACCUGAAGAUGUCUUGAGUGCAGACAAAAGCUGAGUAGCAAAUAUAUUUAUGGCUAGCAAAAGAG